AUGACAGAACUCCAAGAUCUUCGCAAUGAAUGGACAAAACUAUACUCGGAGACUCUACCACGACUAGCAAAGGCCAAAGAUCAUGCUCAAUCUAAAUGGCCAGUAACACUGGAUCAUUGCUUCGCUCGCAUCAUUCUGGAUAAUACUGUUGGUCGAGGGAGUCAACAAUGGGACAAAGUCAUCAAAAGGCCAGCAGUGAAAAAUAUGAGUCGAGAACAACUACGUGAUGCCAUUUCAUUGGGUGAGGAUAUCCAGACUGGCAAAGUAGAUCUAUGUCAACUUGACGAGAAGAGCUUGCAAUGCCGAGGAAAGAAUCAGACCAAGUAUGCGAAUAAGCGUAUGCUCGACCGUGGGGGAGACGAUGAUGACUCGGGGAGGAAGACCAAAAUGCCCAAAUCUGGCAAACGGCAGUCCACAUUGACCUUCAAUCUCGAUGCCAGUCGUCCACAAGCACCAAUAGAGCCCAAGCAUCCGUCUGGGGACAUGGCCACACUCAAAGCGACGCUCUCUCGCAUUCAAUCCCAUGCUUCCCUCACACCGUAUCGGAAGAGAUUAUACACAGCUCUUCUGUCGGUUCCCCGCGGCCGCUACACCACCUAUGCCGCCCUGUCCGACUUUCUGGACUCUUCUGCACGAGCUGUUGGCAGUGGUAUGCGCAACAAUCCAUUCGCUCCUGAUGUUCCCUGUCAUCGCGUACUCGCAGCCAACGGAUCGAUCGGCGGUUUUGGAGGCGACUGGGGUAAGGAUGGGAAGCAUGCCAAUAAGAAGAUCGAAUUGCUGACGCAGGAGGGCGUCAGGUUUGAUGUGUCGGGAAAAGUGCUUGGAGAGCCGUUUAAGAAGUUCCACCUCUUUGAGUCGUAG